AUGUCCGACUCACCGAUGUCUGAGGCACAACCUUCGAAUACCUCAAGUCCGUUCUAUGAACGUGGAGAUGCGAGCGCGCCACCAGCGCAGCAUGCAGCAACUGGGUCUGAUGAGACUAUCAUCACGAACCCGCUCGAUGAGCAACAACAAUUGCUUGUCCAAAGAGAAGAAAACGCUCAGCGUUAUAUACAAAUGGCUGCAACCCUUGAACGCCAGCGUGACUAUGUGUUCACCCCACCCAGUGUGGAGGAACGUCUACGUCAAGAGGCCGGCUAA